AGUGACUCAAAACUUGAAUUCAAACAGAAAACUAACCUUUUCUUUUGACUCAUUUUUUUUUUGAGUUUUUAACCCCACAUCUGCAUUUUAUCUACGAAAAUGCCAUUAACCCUUUUUUUUUUUUUUUUUCGAAAAUGGCUUCUUUACUGUCUCAACCUCAUUUUCUUCAAGUAUUUACAAUAUUGCCACUGCCAUGAAUAGUGGGAACAACCUUGUACGAACUGUUUGGAGCUUUUAAUGCCCUUUAAUGCACGUAAAUCUCUUUACACUCUCUCUGUUUCAAUUGUUAUGAACUAAAAACAACAUUUCUUUCACUUUCUCUCCAUAUUCAUCCAAAAAACUGAAGCUUUUGAUUCAAAAUUGUUUGGAGCCAUAUUUCUUUCGUUUUGACUUACGGUUGCUUUCGUUUGAGGUUCUGGGUGGUUGGAGAAGACCCUGUGUGCAAACAAAGUCAUCUCACCUAGUUGAAGAUGAUUUUUAAGUUACAUGCAGUGUAUGGAGAAUGGUUGUUGAGAGAUUUCCGUUGGGAUUUUGUGGUUGAUGAUCUCAAAGGAGCAAGAUUGUUUUUAUUGAAUGAAGAUUCAACACAUGCUGAACUUGUUGCAAUGGCUCAAGAAGAUUAUAACCUGGACAUGAGAUCAGUGACUGUGGAGAUUAGCUACUCAUUACCAGCAGAAAUGAUGAUGACUCCAAGCAGUCCUCCCAUUCAUGUUACAAGUGAUAGACAAGUUCGAAACUUGCUCGAGAUACUCAAAACGCAUAGAGUAUGUCUUUGUGUAUCAAGCCGCAGCAAGGUGGAAACGGUUUCAGAGAAAAGAGAAGAAGCUGGUGAUAAUGAUGAAGCUGGUGAAUGGGAAGAAGAUGUUGGUGAUAAUGAUGAAGCUGGUGAAUGGGAAGAAGAUGUUGGUGAUAAUGAUGAGGCUGAUGAAUGUUUUGAAGAUGUUGGUGAUAAUGAGUCUGUUGAAGAUGAAAAUCAAGAUGGGGAGGAGGAAAAUGGGGAGGAGGAAAAUGGGGAGGAGGAUGCUGAUAACACUAUUGUUGGUGAAACGGAUCAGAAUGGUGGGGAUUACAGUCUUUAUGGAAAGGUUCUAGAUGAGGACGAGGAAGAUGAUGAUAAUAUUUGUUUUGAAGAAAUUGAAAAGACAUAUGCUAAGACAAAUGCUAUUGAAGGAGGAAAAUCGGAUUGUACCAGCAUCUAUGUCAACCAGAGUUUUGUUAGCAAGGAUGCACUGCUUUCAGAGCUGCGGUUGACAGCAGUGAGGGGUAGGUUUUCUUUCAGAAUAUACAAAUCAACAAAAACUCUCCUUGUGGCAAUAUGUCGGGUUAGCGGUUGUGGAUGGAAGAUCAGAGCGAGUGUGAAACAUGGGUCAAACACGUUUUGGGUAACAAAGUAUGUGGAAAAACAUUUAUGCUCAAUUGGAGACCGAAUCGCUCAGCGGAGACACUGUACUCCAAAGUAUGUUGGUAGUCUUUUCAUUGAUCGUGUUGGGAUCAUUGAUGGGAUAACUCCACAGCAUAUCACUGAUGCAAUGAAGAACAUGUUUGGCAUGACGCUUGAUUACACCACUUCAUACAGAGCACUGUUAUAUGCACAGAAAUUGGUGAGAGGAUCAGCAGAAGAAGGGUAUUCGCGUCUGCCUUCAUAUCUCGAGCAAAUCUCCAUUGCAAAUCCUGAUUCUAUCACGGCUAUAGAACUUGAUUCUGAGAAAAGAUUUAAGUAUCUAUUUCUCUCUUUUGGAGCUUCUAUCAAAGGUUUUAAGUAUCAGAGAAGGGUCAUUGUGGUGGAUGGAACUCACCUAAGUGGAAAGUAUGGAGGUGUUAUGUUAGUUGCAGCCGCACAAGAUGGCAAUUUUCAGAUAUUCCCAUUGGCUUUUGGGAUCGUGGAUGCUGAAGAUGAACCUUCUUGGGAAUGGUUUUUCACAAAAUUGGCUAGUUGUAUAUCUCAUGACAAGCCUCUGGUGAUAGUCUCUGACCGGCACGCGGCCAUUAAAAGUGCGUGUGAGAAGGUGUUUCCUUGGGCAACCCGAGGAAUAUGUUAUUAUCACCUUCAAGAUAACAUUGUCAAAAAGUUUAAAGGGAAACAUCUCAUGUACUUGGUGAAAGGGGCUGCUUAUGCGCACACGGUUCACGAUUUUAACCGGUACAUGGCUGAGAUACGGAGUGCAAACCCGGAACUUGCAACGUAUUUGGAGAAGGCCGACGCCAAGCUAUGGUCAAGGGUUUAUUGUAAGGGGAACAGGUUCAACAUAAAAACAAGCAACAUCGCUGAAUCUAUUAAUUCCGCACUGAAGCGAGCAAGAGGAUUUCCGAUUCCGUUCCUGCUGGAGUUCAUAAGGCAGAAGUUAGGAAAAUGGUAUUGGAAAAGGAGACAAGAUGCUUUGAGUCUCCCAACUGUACAUAGCCGGGGUGUUGAAUACUUGCUUGCUGUUCGAUCAGAGAUAGCGGAUACGAUGACGGUCGAACCAAUUGAUGGAUGGCGUUUCUUUGUCAAAGGUGGCAAAAUGGACUGUGCGGUUGAUUUGGAACAUGUAAAGUGUGGUUGUGGUGUCUAUGGAGUGGAGAAAAUACCUUGCUCUCAUGCUAUAGCAGCUGGAACACAUGCUGGUGUGCAUAUCGACACACUUGUAUGUCCACUUUACUCAAAGAAUCAUCUGUAUGCAGGAUACUCAGAGAAUAUAUAUCCUAUCGUGUCACAACAUAUUGAGGAACGAGAAUGCUUUCCUCCAAACGUAAAGCGUGGUCCGGGGAGACAGAAGAAAUCAAGAUGGCAAUCUUGGUUGGAGCUAUCUAGGAUGAGGGGACACAAACCCAGGAAGAAACACAGGGCACGGAGAUGCUCAAACUGCAAGGAAACUGGCCAUACGAAACCACAAUGUACACAACCAGUUGACUAGUUGUCCAGACGACCUAAAUAUAAGUCGUCCAGUCUUGAUUACCCGUCCAGACGACUAAUUUCUAAGUCGUCCAGUGUUUCGUCUACCUUCUACGAAGUCGUCCAGUGUAUUAGACUACCUUCUACUAUCCCUUCAAGUGUAUUUUUUUAGACGACCUUUUACGAAGUCGUCCAGUGUAUUUAAGUCGUCCAGUGUAUUUAAGUCGUCCAGUGUUUAGACUACCUUCUACUA